GCGCUUGGCGUGGAGAUCUGCUUGGGUGAAAUUCAUUUGGGUUUACUUAGGAUCCAGAACACUGAGUCGCGCCGCCGUGAAUUGGCAGCGACGAUCGAAUCCUUGAUUGCCAACGGCGGCGCACACGCCAAGGAGCUGGAGUGUCUGAGGGGCAGACUGCAGUUUGCCGAAACACAAAUCUUUGGCCGUGGAGCCGUGCAGCGCAUGCGAGUCAUUUCGCGUGCCAUGAAGCGUGUCGGGUUCGUGGUGUUCGACGACACCAUGUUGGAGGCCCUGCUGUUCUUGAAGGACCGCGUGUUGCAUGGACCGCCUCGCGUGCUUCGCGCCUGCGACCGUCCAACUUACCACCUCUUCACGGAUGCUUCUUACGAACGGGACCAGCCGGCAGGUUUGGGAGGCAUCCUUUAUAGUGAUGGGGGUUUGUUGCUUAGGUGGUUCUCGGAGCGUGCCGAGCCUGACUUGCUUAACAACGUCAAAAGUGAAGGAAAAAAGGGUCUGAUUUACGAGUUGGAAGCUUGUGCAGCUGUGCAAGGGCUACUGCAGUUGUGCGAAAGCUUGAACGACUGUGACAUCAUUUGCUAUUGUGACAAUGACGCUGCACUGGCAGCGCUCAUCAAGUGUGCAUCAGAUGCAACAGUCGUUGCAGCCCAGCUCUCGAAACUCAGCUUUAGAUCCGUGCACGGCCCCUCCGCGCGGGGGCCAGAUGGAGUGCCACUUGUGCUCAUGAGCUCUGCCGCCCCAGAGUCCGAUGGGGGUGAGGAUGUAGCUGGGUCUGCAGAGGGUCCCGACAGAGAUAAGGCAUCAGCUGCUGCGGCAUCUUCAGGUGAGUCUCAGCUUGUUCCCGACCAGGGUUUAAUUCCUUCUGGCGCUUCAGGGGAGAUCGAUCUGACCAGUUGGUCUUUGCCUGAGGGCGGUGCUGGUAGUGUCGAUGGAAGGACUAAUCGACCCGACUCCGAAGACCUCCCUUUGAGCGAGCUGUUCGUUUCGGAAGCCAGAUGGUGGAAUCAGGUCAGGGACGUGGACACAGGAACCUCGCAGGAUCCUUUAGCAGGGAGGACCGUGAAUUUCCAGGCGGCCUUCAGAAGUGCUUGCCAGCAGCAGGUCCCUUCCACUAUGCUUGACUUGAUUCCUCAGCCUUGGGAUGAAGGGGUGUUCGGGGUCAUUCUUGGCGAUAAGGAUUUCUUCGUGUUCCCAGCAAAGAGGGCCUGCCAGGUUUUCUUGCCAGGUGAAGAGUCCCGCGAACCUGGGACUUCCGAGGCCGCAGUCAAGAGGAUAAGGCAUGCAGACAGGGACCUUUCCUUCUCCAAGGUGGUGCGGGCAAGGGCAGUUGUUGACUGGCGUCAACAGAGAACGGCACAGCUUGAGAUUGGGCUGAAGCAGGCAAGGGCAAUUAGCAUCCUGCAAGAUUUCUUGAAAGACAGGGGCUCGACCUUUCCUUGCACCGAGAGUGAUUUGUAUGACUUCUUGAAAGUGAUGGAAAAAGAAGGCGCGCCUGCCAGCCGCAUCGCUUCCAUCAUGGAAGCCGUGAACUUCACUAGGCAUGUUGUCGGAGUGUCUGAGCUGGCGGGCGCGUGCCUCAGCCGUCGAUGCAAAGGAAUCUGCACACGCGAAAACUUCGUUGAGCCAAAGCAGGCACCGGCUCUCACUGUGGAACAGCUCUUGAUGCUGCACUCUGCACUUGAAGAGCACCGAGACCCGUGGACUCGCGCCUUCGCAACGGCAUGCUUGACUUGCGCUUACUGCCGGUGUAGGUGGAGCGACGUGCAGCACACCGAGAGCAUCUUGUGGGAUCUUGAUCUUGAGGGCAAUCUCUUUUAUAUAGAGCUGAGCAUCGGAGUGCACAAAACAUGUAGGCUGCAGAGCAAGAGGCACAAAUUUUUGCAUGCAGUUUCUCCUGCGCUCGGACUGCGACCGUACGGGCAGCUGUGGCGAGAGUGCAGGGAGCAGCUGGGGAUAGAGCAUCAUGGCAGGUGUGUGUUCAUGCCGGCGCCAGACCAGGCAGGCAGGCCUACGGUGCGUGCAUUAGACACCGAUGAGGCCACAGCGUGGCUUAGGCUCAUUUUGGGCCUCAGUGAUGCUGGGACUCAAGUUUCCUCUAAGAGCUUGAAGGCCACUGUCAUUUCUUGGGCCGCGAAGCGCGGAGUAGAUCCCUUGACAUUGCAAAGAUUGGGUUAUCAUGCAGCUGGAGGCAUGGACUUAGUCUAUAGCAGGGAUGCUCAGGCGCCGCUGCUAAUUGUGGUGGAGCGCUUGUUAAAGGAGGUCAGAGACGGAGUCUUCAGACCUGAUGACACAAGGAGUGGCAGAUUGGUGACCAGCGGAGCCCAGCCACUUGGUGUGAAUCUUGUGCCCCCACUGAGUGCAGAUGUGAGUGCCCCCGCAGCGGCUCCCACGGGGAGCGACGUCGUGGACUGCAAGACAUCCGAGGCCCAAGGACCCGCCUUAACAGUCGACAGCGAUUCCGAUUUGAGUGAAGCUUUGGGUGAGUCGUCUGAAGAGUCUGAUGAAGACUUUGGACAGCCGAUAGCCGUGGUAGCUCAGGGCCAAGUGGUGCCAGCCGGUUUUGAUGUGUGGAGGCAUAGCACUUCCCAGGUAGCUCACCUUGCCCCGCAAAUGCACUUCAAGAAUUUGUUCGCUUGCGGGAGGGCGGUGAGUGAACGCGAGAGUGGGAAAGAGUGGGUCCGAGUGGUCUUGAAUUCCCUGCGGCCCAUUCCUUCGCGGCCGGGCGCGGUGGUCUUCACUGCGAGGUGUUCCGAAAUCAGCGCUGAUGGCAGUGUGCACGCUGCACUAGUUGCACAGGGUUUGAAAAGCUUCAGACAGCUUGCCUUUGCAAUCGGCACCCCGAGGGUGGAGCCGACGGCUGAGCAGUACACGUACUUGGCAUCACAAGUGUUUGGAGCAAAUCCUGCCAUAGGGAAGAUCGCAUUGCUUCGUGAUGUGCACUUCGAAGCGACUACGUAUGUCAUUCAGGCUUUCAAGGAGCAGGCCACUUCAGAUGGCACCGAGGCUCAGGUCAAGAGACUUCCCAUGCCAGAGCGUACAGCUAGAGCAGCCGAUCAGCAGAGGCGUUUGAGUGGGAUUGCAAUCACCGGUGAGUUGCAGCCGUCAUUCCAGUUGGUGGAUAAGUGCAAUACGAUGCUUGAAACAGGAGCCUUAAUAUGGUUGCCACCAUCGGUCUGCAGCAAGCGUCGCAUGAGAGUCAUCUCGCGUGCCAUGAAGCGUGUCGGGUUUGUGGUGUUCGACGACGCCAUGAUGGAGGCCCUGCUGUUCUUGAAGGACCGAGUGUUGCACGGACCGCCUCGCGUACUUCGCGCCGGUGACCGUCCAACCUACCACCUCUUCACUGAUGCUUCUUACGAACGGGACCAGCCGGCAGGUUUGGGAGGCAUCCUCUAUAGUGAUGGGGGUUUGUUGCUUAGAUGGCUUUCGGAGCGCGCCGAACCUGACUUGCUUAACAACGUCAACGUUGAGGGCAAAAAGGGCUUGAUUUACGAGUUGGAAGCUUGUGCAGCCGUGCAAGGGUUACUGCAGUUGUGCGAAAGCCUGGACGAUUGCGACAUCAUUUGCUACUGCGACAAUGACGCUGCGCUGGCAGCGCUCAUCAAAUGUGCAUCGGAUGCAACAAUCGUUGCAGCCCAGCUCUCGAAACUCAGUUCCUUUGAGGAUGCCAAGAGCAUCUCAUUGUGGUUCGAAAGGGUGGAGUCUGCCGCGAAUCCUGCAGAUGCUCCUUCCAGGUUUGAGCUUGAUGGAUUACCCAAGUCCUUCCGAGUUCGAUGGGAUCCUGUGGAGGAGCUGCUCUUUUGA